AUGACUACGUUCAAUAAGAAUAAUUCUACUAUUGAUCCAAUAUCCUCUCACUAUAUUAAAUUACAAAUUCAAUACGGUUCUGAUCUUUACGAACUUUUAUUAUCGAAUAAAACUAAUAGAAUUCAAGUUGACCAUGUACUAGAUGAAAUUGAAAAACUUACGAAAGUACCAAAAUGUCAUCAGACUAUUAUGUACAAAGGUCAACGUUUAGAUCAUAAACCAAAAGCAAAUCUUGAUGAUCUCUAUAUUUUUAACAAUAGUAAAUUGAUCUUAAGCGGUACGCAAAAACAAUAUCAUGAUAAAUACUGUUGUCCUGAUCAUGAUCAUAAUCAUAAUCUAAAUAUGAUCUCAUUUUCAAAACCUAUUUCAUCAUAUAAGCAAAAUAAAAAAGAUAUUAAUGUUAAAGAAGAAAUAUCGAACAGAAAUAUAGAUGAUAGAUUAGAUUCUACGAAACAAUCGUCAUUGAUAUUUCCAAUGAAAAAAGAUAUAAAUUCGAAUCCAACUGGUUUUAUACCAGAAGCAAAUAAGACUUAUGAAUAUUAUACAGUUCCAUAUAAAACUGAUCCAACAACACUCUUAAAAAAUAUUCCAUCAACAACAUCGAAUGUGUAA